AUGUUCAAGAUCAUUGGAUGCAGUGGUUUCCAUGGAGACUGUCUAACCCUGAGGAAGAUUAUUGAAGCAAGGCUAAAGAUGUACAAGCAUUCCAAUAACAAGGCCAUGACCACGGGGGCAAUUGCAGCAACGCUGUCCACAAUCCUCUACUCGCAGCGCUUCUUUCCAUACUACAUUUACAACAUCAUCGGGGGACUGGACGAAGAAGGGAAGGGGGCCAUGUACAGCUUUGACCCAGUGGGCUCCUACCAGAGAGACUCCUUCAAGGCGGGAGGUUCAGCAAGUGCCAUGCUGCAGCCCCUGCUGGACAACCAGGUUGGUUUUAAGAACAUGCAGAAUGUGGAGCAUGUCCCUCCAUCUUUGGACAGAGCCAUGCGGCUCGUGAAAGACAUCUUCAUUUCUGCUGCCGAGAGGGAUGUGCACACCGGGGAUGCCCUGCGGAUCUGCAUCGUGACCAAGGAGGGCAUCCGGGAGGAGACGGUGCCCCUGCGGAAGGAUUGACCUCUGUGCCACGCGCUGCUUUGUUUAUUAAAAUAAACCCUGAUGUGCUCGUCCUGUUGGAACUUGGCUUCUCUCAGCAGCACAGGUCCGGGGGCUGCAUUCCCUUUC